UAGCCAUGGCCAGACUAUAUACUAGCAACAAUUUACAAAGUAAGGGAGUCAGAGGAGCUUCCGAAGUUGAAGCAUCAAAGAUCAACGAGAUGAACAUUAAUCAGCAAGUUUUUCAGAGGAAACAAGAGUACAAAAAUUCUGACGAGAACACCCACAACAAUUCCCACAGGUGGACAAAAGAUAUCCAUCCAGAACUUAGUAAAGAAGACAACCAAGAUAAAGAAGUUACCUCAGGAGACGAGAACGAACGUAAAACUAAUGAAGCAGAACAUUCCCAUAUUUAACGAUUCAAAUGGAAAUUUCCUAAGAAGAAGUAUUAGGAAUACUAAGAAUGGGGGUUCUUACAGAAAUAUGGGGAGAAGGCCAUUCAAGUACGAUGACUUUGAGUAUGGACCAACUACCGGGAAAAAGGCUGCUAAUGAAAUGAGUCCUCCAAGUAACUCCUCAAUCCAUAAGAGGAGGAACAAGCAGGGUUAUUCAAAUUCGCCUGCAUUUGGAGAAAACAGUGUCAAAAGAUCGUUUAAUGCGAAAAUACCAAGCAGUAGUACUAGUAUGAGCUCCAUUGAUAAAAAUGAGGUAGUUUACAAUCAAGGCAGGUGGACAUGUCUUGAGCAUUUCAAAUUUUUGGAGGCACUCAAAAAGUAUGGGAAAGAAUGGCAAAAAGUUCAACAGCAUGUGAACACUAGAACUAGCACCCAAGCAAGGUCUCAUGCUCAAAAGUUCUUCGUGAAACUUGAUAAGAAAGCUCUCACUCUUGAUGAAUUCUUGAGAGGUCUUGACUUGAAGGAAGUAGAAAAGAACUUACUUGCUUCUGGGAUGGAUAAUACAGACUAUGAUGAAGAGAGGGAAGUAAACAUUAUCGCUAAUCGGAAAAAGGGUGCCUCUGUUAUGAACAUUGCUCUUCCUUCUAAUACUGAAGAAAAGAAGAAACAUGAAGGAAUCAAAAGAAAACGUUCAGAGCUAGACAAAUUAGAUAGAAACGACAAAAACCAAUCUAUCAGCAAUAUCAGAAAAGCUUUCGAAGAACAUGCUGGUGAACCAAUUCAUUCUGGUUCUCAAAGAGCAGAUAAGAGAGUUAAGACUUCAGAGCAAGGUGAGAAGGAUUACUCAAGCAAUGGGGAUGAUAAACCAAUCUCUGAGAACACAGAUAUCGUAUGUAAGGACCAAAGUGGGAUAAACAAAAGUCCAUUGAGAAAAUUAUCAAUUUCAAACUUCGAGCCUCUUCAGCCAAUGCACAGAACUCCUCAACCUGAUAAAACAGGAGGAACAAUCAUCGAUCAAUUUAUGUUUAAAUAGCGUUGAUACAAAGAGUGAAAACUACAAGAUUUUUGAGCAAGUCUUUGGCAAUGAGAAGGCAAUAAGGCGCAGCUAUUACCACAAGAAUAGCAAGUCAGAUGUUAAUGAAAAAGCUCAAAAUUCUGGAGAAACUCAAUCAUGUUUUGAAUUUUGUGAGCUAAAUGCUGAACAAUUCCUAGAAUCAACUCCAUUUACUUAUCAUAGCGAUAGAGCGAAGGGAGUAAUUAAUAAGUAA